AUGGAGGACGUUUUGGACGAGAUAGUAUCUUCGGAAGAUUUGCAAAAGUUCGAGAAAGUGUUCCACGAGCAGCUGCACCAGGGCAACGUGACUCACAAAGCACAGUUUGAGUAUGCUUGGUGCCUAGUGCGGAGCAAGUAUCCUACCGACAUACGAAAGGGUAUAUUGCUUCUAAAAGAACUGUUCAACUCACACCCUGAUGGCAAAAGGGAUUACCUGUUCUACCUUGCUAUUGGCAACGCUAGAAUCAAGGAGUACAACAAAGCUCUCCACUAUGUCAAGUCCUUCCUAGAGAUUGAGCCGGCCAACCAGCAAGUGUUGGCGUUAGAGCGUCAAAUCAACAAGCGAAUGGAGAAGGAGGGUCUGAUCGGAAUCGCGGUGGCGAGUGGCGCCGUGCUGGCCAUCGGCGGCAUCGUCGGCCUCGGCAUAGCACUGGCCAGCAAGAAAUAG